GAGAAAGACUCACCCACUCGGAGUCCAGCACUGCGCCCUUGCCAGGCCAUCGACCGCCGGCCGCCGCCGCCGCCGUUGCCCUCUCACGCCCUUGGCGAGCUCUGGAAGACUGCUCGCACCGCCGAGGUCGGCUGCCGUUUCCGCGGUAUAUCGCCGUCCUGGGAGAUAUAGGGAAAAGAGUUGUACGUGAGGCUACAGGAACACAAAAAUGAACAAGGGCAAGAUUUUUAAGUUAGCUAAGGGAUUCAGAGGAAGGGCAAAAAACUGCAUAAGGAUAGCAAGAGAGAGGGUGGAAAAGGCUCUGCAAUAUUCGUACAGGGAUCGACGCAACAAGAAGAGGGACAUGCGCUCUCUUUGGAUUGAGCGCAUCAAUGCUGGUACACGCCUCCAUGGGGUCAACUAUGGCAAUUUCAUGCAUGGAUUGAUGAAGGAGAAUAUCCAACUCAACAGGAAGGUACUCUCAGAGCUGUCAAUGCAUGAACCAUACAGCUUCAAGGCUCUUGUCGAUGUAUCUCGCAAUGCAUUUCCUGGGAAUAGGCCUGUUCCUGUUAAGGAGGGACUAGCAAGCAUUCUGUAAACGCUUCCUGCCCAAUAAUUAAACUUAAUGGUAACAUCCGCAUCUGAAAGCAACCUUUCAGCUUGUAACGUUACGAAGAGCUUGUUAUGGGUACUGCCCUAGUUAUUCUCUCUUUUUCUGUUUGGUGACCGACCAUCUAGUUACAUGUGUUGUACCUGUUGCC